AUGAAUGGUAUUGCAUAUCCUUUCGAUUUACUAUAAAAUGAAGACAAACUUCAUUUGUUUUAAAAUAUAAAAGCUAAAAUUUAUGGAUAAAAUGAUGCUUAAAUUUCAAUUGAACCUAUAAAUGGAUCUCUUUUUAUUACUAAUAUUAGGUUAUGUUGGUUUAAUUUUCCAAAAAAGAUUGAAGAAUUGAAUCCAUAAGAAAGAUAAUUAGUUGAAACAAUUCAAACUAAACAUGGAUAAAAAAAAGAAUUAUGGUAAUAAUUGAAUCUAAAUGGAAAAUCAUUUAUGUUUAUUUAUUCUCGAUUAUUAUCACAUGGAUUAUAAGCAAAUAAAUUCCGUUGUUUUAUAGGAGAAUUAGAAGCUGAGGAGGAUCUUUAUGCUUAAUAAACUAAAUCUACUGGACUUGAGGAUUUCUUAGAAUAAUAAAACCCUGCUAAUAUAGUAGAUUUAGAAAAAGGAAAAUAUUAAGUAUUUAUUUAUCUAUUACUUAGAUUGAAUUUGAUCUAUAAUUUCUAGAUAUACAAACUCAAAAUGAGAUAUUUGAUUUAGUUACAGAAUAUUCUAUAAUUUAAGACGAUCCCAAUGAUUCUGAUCAAAGCUAUUGA